AUGAACCAAGAGGAGACUGAUGGUUCUGGUUAUCAGCUCCUGGAUGUAUCACGUGAUGUUCAAAGAGGAGCACUGCAAGCUCUGGGGGCCAUCCAAAUCCUGAAUGGAAUACUGAUUCUGGCUCUGGGUGUAUUUUUGGGUUGUUUACAAUAUUUGUCUCACCACUUCAGACAUUUUUUCUUCUUCACCUUCUACACAGGCUAUCCAUUCUGGGGUGCUGUGUUUUUUAUCAGCUCAGGAUCCUUGACUGUUGCAGCAGGGAGAAAACCCACAAGAAUGCUGAUGCAAAACAACUUUGGGAUGAACAUUGCCAGUACUACAAUUGCAUUUGUUGGGACUGCUUUCCUCUCUGUACAUUUGGCAAUCAAUACCCAGGCUUUCAAGAGUUGCCAGUCUUCACAGUCACCUGACUUAUGCAUUUACCUGAGUUCCUCAUCAAAUGGCCUUGUGUCUCUAAUGCUGAUCCUCACCCUGCUGGAGCUGGCCAUCACCAUUUCCAUCUCAGCCAUGUGGUGCCUAGGAAAUGUUUGUGGUUCAAGAGAGGCAACUUCUUCACCUCCUAAUUCUGUGGAAUCAGGAAUACCUCCUGAUGGAAAUGAUUCUGAGAGAACCUGA